AUGUCCGAACCGGUUUCGCCGAACAAUCUGUCGGUGCUGCCGCCCAUUCUCACAGAUGGCACAGUGAAACAGUCGCCGAGCGCAAAGGAUCGCCUGUCCUUGUACUCCAACGUCUCCUCUUUCUCCCAAAAUCGCUCGCGCCCAGGCUCGCACGUGUUUCCCAUCUUCCAUUCCAGUCUGCCCUACGCCCUUGUGCGAGACUUUGCCUACCCUCCGAUCCACCCUCUACAUUAUGGACCACCCCCUCCGCGCGCCUCGGAGGUGUCCACGCCGGCUAGCGAAUACCGCCGCUUGUCCGACCCGCCCCCUUCGUGGGACACCUCGAAGGGACCGUGGGCUACCGGCCCGUGGAGUACAGAGAGUGGAUCGGGUCAGGGCCAUCCACAACUGCCAGCCAUGUCUUUCGGUGAUGGACCUCCUUACAGUGAAGAUGAGGAUUUGCAUAGUCCCGUCGUGACAACGUCACGUCAGCGACAGAAGUCCACUGCGGGGUUGAACAGCAUGGUAGACGAACAUGGCAUGUUAAGCACUGGGCAACCGGAUCGCACUUUUGUGGGAUUAAACCCUGAUGGUACCGAAACAUACUAUGUCAAUGGCGGCGAUACGGUAGAUGACGGACCUGGUGGAGAGUACGUCACAGUCCCCGCAAACGAAGGACGAUACUCCCACACGUAUGGCGGCCAGCAAGACUAUGUUCCAGAUGCGGGGAUCCACUCAGAGGACCAGAAUCGAUAUUCAAAUGACUAUCAAUUCGCCGUCGGUUGCCCUGACGAGGAGAUGCAUGGUAAGGCCGUGGCGCUCUUUGACUUUGUUCGAGAACACGAAAACGAACUCCCUCUUACAGAGGGACAAGUUAUCUACGUCUCAUAUCGGCACGGUCAAGGCUGGCUGGUGGCAGAAGACCCAAAGACCGGAGAAAACGGCCUUGUUCCCGAGGAAUUUGUCCGGCUUCUGCGCGACAUUGAAGGUGGAUUGACCUCAUUGAAUGGGGAACCCUGCCCGGACGUCACAGAAAGUAGUGGGUCCAUCAGUAUGGAUGGCACCGAAGACAGUUAUUCCUCGACUCCAACUCAGGAGGAUCACAAUGGCCUCAAUGGUGGUGCCCCAGUCACCGUCUCACUUGAUGGCACUCAAGAAUCCCACGCCACGUUAGAGACUGGAAAGACGGCCGAUGGCGCUGGUAAACGCUCUAGUACGUUAAUCAAGACCUGA